AUGAGCGCGCCGAACAAAUCAUCAGAAAAAAGAAUUGGCUCCAAAAAUAAGCUGGGGAAGCUAUUAAGGGAGAGAAAAAGCACCUUUCCACUGCUGAUCAAGACAUCACGACCGGAGGCCUUCCCUCACCCUCACAGACUCCCAGCAGAAGGCAACCGUCUUGGAACAAACCGACCCUGCUCACAGAAGUUUGGCCCUGGUGUAGGGACCCUACCUCAGCUUGAGCCACCGGUGGUCCAGGUGGUGGUCAGCAAUGCCAAAAACCAACAUCAGCCGUCAGACAACAUCCUGCCCCAAAUUGCCAACAAAGGGGUCCAAAACAACUAUCAGACACACCCGGAUGAGAGGCUGAAGCCCGCCCAGCAGUUCAGCAUGCGGUUUGGUGCAACAAUGGAUAAAGUAUCUGUCUCCCGCAACAGCAAGAUUAUCAGCAACAAGCUGGAGAAAGAGAAGGCCUACGAGGGGCAAAGGUUACCCAUGUCUCCCCUAGAGGCACUGAAGAACUUCCAGGACCGGCUGACGGAGUUUGAGCAGGAGGAAAUCAUGGACUACGCAGAGAUCUGGUUCCUUGGUCAGGGCUCUCAGAAGAUCGAGGGUUCCCAAGGAACACCGCAGAACUCUGGAUACGAUGACGAGCAUGGAAGCUACGUCAGGGUGCUGCAUGACCACAUUGGCUACAGGUUUGAAGUGCUUGAAGUGAUUGGGAAAGGCUCCUUUGGGCAGGUCCUGAAAUGUCUGGACCACAAGAACAACGAACUCGUAGCCAUUAAGAUGAUACGCAAUAAGAAAAGGUUUCAUCACCAAGCUCUGGUUGAGCUGAAGAUCCUGGAUGUGAUAAAGAGGAAAGACAAAGACAACCUCCACAAUGUCAUCCACAUGAAGGAGUACUUUUACUUCCGGAAUCACCUCUGCAUCUCCUUUGAGCUUCUCGGGGUGAACUUGUACGAGCUCAUCAAAAAAAACAACUUCCAGGGCUUCAGUCUCGCUCUCAUCCGCCGCUUCACCCACGCUCUUCUCAGGUGCCUGCAGAUGCUGCACAGGGAAAAGAUAAUCCACUGUGACCUCAAACCGGAAAACAUCCUUCUGUCUCAGAGAGGGCCAGGGAACAUCAAGGUGGUUGACUUUGGAUCAAGCUGUUACGAACAACAAAGAGUGUACACCUACAUCCAGAGUCGCUUCUACCGCUCUCCUGAGGUUAUCCUGGGUCACCCCUACAGCAUGGCCAUCGACAUGUGGAGUCUGGGUUGCAUCCUUGCUGAACUCUACACAGGCUAUCCUCUCUUUCCAGGAGAGAGCGAAGUGGAGCAGAUCUCCUGCAUAAUGGAGGUUUUUGGGAUGCCUCCUAAUGAUUUUGUUCAAUCAGCAUCGAGGAGGAGGUUGUUCUUUGACUCAAAAGGAAACCCCAGGAACAUCACUAACAGUAAGGGGAAGAAAAGGAGACCCAACUCCAAGGAGCUGUCAGCUGCUUUGAAAACGAAUGAUGCUUUGUUCUUAGACUUCAUCAAACGCUGCCUCACUUGGGAUCCAACCAAACGUAUGACUCCAGAUGAGGGGUUACAGCAUGAGUGGAUCCUGGAGGGAAAUUUCAAUAAAGUCCGCCCGAGAGCCAGGCCCACAGUGAAGAAGGCCUCCGACAGUUCGACCAGCAAGCCCGUGGAGAAAGUAAGCUCAGAGAGCAGCACAACUGACAAGCUGGAGAGAGAGGGCUCAGCCACAGGAACAACGAUGGCCCCUACCGAGCGUUUGCGGCCCAUCGGGGCCUCCGCGGAGGAGGAGGUGUGUGAGAAUGAGGAUACCAAGCAGCAAGAAGGAGGUGGAGAGAGGCCUGUUCACAUCAUCAUCAAGCCUCAAGAGGAAGUGGGCACAGAGAGGAAAGACAGCCAGGGGCCGUCUCAGUGUUUGCCCCCCAUCAUGUAACAGUCAAAAGGGAAUUGUGCUGCGUUCAAGUGGCAAGUGUUCCGGCUCUGUGUCCCACUCCCCACCUGAGAGAGAUUGAGUUGGUGGAAGUAGAAGUGAAUGGACCGCUGAGAGAAAGUCGCAUUUGUUUGUCCCUGCACACACAAUAAAUGUAAAGGUCCUUCAUGUUCUCAUUUAUUACAAACACUGCCAUGUUGCUUCUGUGUCGACAUGACGUCACAAAACAACAUGUUAGAGAAGUCCGAGAAUAGUCCGAGUUGAUGUUUUCUACGGACAGGUAGGAAACCAACCCGUUCCCACAUUCUCUGAACAGAAUAUAUGGAUGUAUGGAGGAGAUACACUGAUCAGCUGCAAAGAGGGACAUCUUCUAUUUAUUGUUUUAAGUAUACAGUCAUAGUGUUUUAUUUUAUUCUGUGGAACUUUGAGUUUGUAUGACAGUGAAGUCCAUCAACCAGUUGUUCUUUUUUUUUUAUAAAGGACUUAAGGUGCAGUUGCAGGCAUUCUGUUUAAAUGUGUCACGAUUAAGACACCAAGCUGUCUGCCACAUAAGAAUGCACAUGUUGAAUUUAGAUCAAAUGGUUGGAAACCUACAGCAUCAACUUUUUGCAAGUCGCUGUCGCCUGUUUUAAUUUAAAAUUUAAUUAUAUUUAAACUGUGCAUUGAAAUCUUUAAUAAACAGGUAAGACCAUAAAUACUUUUACUUUUCUCAGUCUUCAUGUUAAAACCCAAGUAGGUGAUUUUAAAGGGUGCAUGUGUAUAACAUUGAUCAAAUCUUUGUUUUUGCAUUUUAUUCUUUUACACAAUUUAGCAUUUCUUUCAUAAUGGUAAAAUAUAUUUAAGAAGUGUGUGCAAUAAAGGCUGAGCCAAAAAAAUGUUGUUUUUUUUAAUCAUGUUAAAGAAAUAAUUGUCAUGUUCUUUUUAAUCGUAGAAUGUAGUUGAUGACAUAUAGAUUAUUAAUGGUUUCACGUAUUUAUUGUGGAAUAUGUUUGAUCCUGUUGCAUAUUUGUUUCACAAUUGAAUUCAACAAUCAUAACAUAUGUAUUUGUAAUAGAAUGUAUUGUAUAUAUUUCUGCUGUCAUUUCCUAUGUAUGUGUAAUACAGAACAUAUUUUAAGAAAAUAUUUCAGAUAUUUGUUGAGGGUUUAGACAAGGUUUUACUUGUUGAAAAUAUUUUGUAUGUCUGUGGUAUUCAAAACAUGUUUUUAUAUAUUAGAAACAAAAAGACAAUCCUGUUAUUGAUAGUUUGUGCCUUGCAGUAUUAAACAUCUUGCACUUUACUACUGUGUGUGUACACCUGAAUUAGAAACCACUGGAUUCUUCUUACCUGUCAAACAGACAAGGGUUCAUACUACCCUGCCAGGUUCCCUUUUAUUUGACAAAAUGAUGUCUCAUCUGAUGUGACAGAACAUGAUGAAACAAUUGUUUCAUUAUUAAACAUCUUUUUUAUAAUGAUUUAUGUCUUUAGUCGUCAACAGAGAUCGAAUUUUAAUCUAAUAUAGACCUGUGCCCUUACUAUCUAUCAGCUAAGCAACAAGAGAUCCCGAGAGGGGGAUUGUAGCUGAAAUAAGAAAAGUUACCAUACUGUAGUUAUAUACAUCUUUAUGUCUUUUUGUCUUUUAUGAUUAAAUAAAAGGUUGUUUCAAAGAGCA